GGAUCUUUGCCGUGUUCAAGUUGAACGUGCAUUUUAUUAUAAAUGUAUUUUUGAGUUCGUUUAUUCUCUGUCAUCUUCUGUCAUUGCCCAGUUGUUAAGAAUUAUCUUCGAUGAUGCCUAGAAAAAGAAACAAAACAAAGAAAGAUACAAGCAAGAAAACUAGAGAAUCGAGCCAAGAAACGGGAAAUAUAGAGACUUGUUCACCACCAGACGAUGGAGAAGGCCAGGGAGGAGUUGACUCAAAGAUACCGAACUAUUUCCCUGUUUCACCAAGUAAUAAAGACACAAACAAUUCAUCAGAAUCCCCCAGUAAUACCUCGAUGCCUACAAGCACCAACGAAGACUCUAUAUUAAACACAGAUAAAGAACGAGAAAAAGAUAAACCUAUUGACUUUGAUGAACAGAAAGCAGUGAAUCCAAACAAAACUCCAAGUCCUUCCAAAGAUAUACGAGUUGAAGUAGCUGAAGAACAAAAAGUACCUGGUGAUGGCAAUAAACGUCCUCUAAAGCAAUCCCUACUAAGUCCAAAAAGAGAUUCUGGUUCAGUUCCUGUAAAAUCCAAGAGAAAAAUUAAAACUAACUCAAGUAAAGGAAAUAUAAAAGAAGAAAAAUCCAAGAACUCUGAAAUUACAAAAUACUUUCCUGUAAGAAGAAGUGAAAGAAGGGUCAAGUCUAAGAUAGAGGAAGAAAAACAAACCAAAAUAGAAAAGGCUGUUCUUGAGGGCAUAGAAGAAGGAAUCGAGGUUAGGAACGUAGAAGGUAAAGGAAGAGGAGUAUUUGCUCUCUGGUCUUUCAAAAGAGGAGAUUUUGUUUGUGAAUAUCAUGGAGAACAUAUUGAUUAUGAAACUGCAAAGAAAAGAGAAAAGGAAUACUCAGAAGAUGAAAACAUUGGUUGCUAUAUGUAUUACUUCACCUUCAAAAACAAAAAAUUCUGUGUGGAUGCCACCCAAGAAUCAGGAAGACUUGGGCGAUUACUCAACCACAGUAUUAAUGGCAACUGUACAACUAAACUAAUAUCCAUCAGAGACAAACCUUAUCUUAUACUUGUAGCAGCAAAAGAUAUACAGCCUAACAGUGAACUGUUGUAUGAUUAUGGUGAGAGAAAUAAGGAUGCCAUUGCUUCACACCCUUGGCUACAGGCUUGAGCAUCACUAUUAGUUAGGAGAACUCAUUUAAGAGAAGGAUAGGAUACAUGUUUGAUGUGGAGGUUGUACAUCACUUCCAUAACCUUCUGAUGUUUUGCAUUCAAGUGUAUGAACAUGAUAAUUAGACCUAAGUUCACUUACCAUUGGAUGCAUGCUCAAAGGUGCACACAAAGAGCAAUAUUCAUCUAAUAUCAUGAUCUACAUUAAUCAAUCAUUUUUAAACACCUGAUGUUUGGAUUCUUGAUAUUUAUUUAUUCUUCAAUGAGAUUGUAAAUAAGAAAAUUAUUGCAGCAAUAUGAUUACAUUAAAUUUUUAAAACCUUGUGAUAAA